UACAGCUGUGACCUUCGUGAACGGUUGCCCCAGAUUGCCUGCAUGUUUAUUGUGAUGCUGUCGCGUUCGCCGCAUAACAAUAUGGUAAACCCCUCUCGUGUCAUCAGUGUUCGUAAGCAUUUUUUUUUCUAACACACUUAAUCUCGAGUUUAGCAGGCUUCGAUUGUGCUUGAAGACGAGAGCUCUGGCUAGCCUGGCUAGCCAUACUUUCAUUAUGUCAUAAUGGACAAUGAUACAGGGAAGAGCCGCAUUCCCAGCCUGCGGCGGAGUGCCUCGGUGAGAGUUCGUGGAGAGAAGAUGUCACCAAACACAGGGCUAUUUUGCGGAGGUCCUAACAACUCUAGGCAAAGCAUUGCGUCUAUGGAAUCCCACAACUGUCACCAUCCUUGUGGAGAUUCUGAAUCUCUUAAGAGCCAUGGAAGCAACACAAGCCUUGCUUCUUGUGGCAGUUCACAGCAAACCGCAGGAGAUAAAGGAAGCUGUUCUCAUGGGCGAAGAAACAAGUUUGUGCUGCAUUGCCAGAGGCACUGUGCCACACCUCAAGAAACAUAUCUCACGCCUACGCAACGCAAGGACAGAGAACUACGUAGCCUUCGCACUGCAUUGGCACAAGCAACUCGAGAUGCGGAGGACAAGUCGCUCCAGCUCCACGAACUCUCGCGGGAAAUUGAAAGGUUGCGUCAUGACCGGCCACUGACGCCUCACAGUGAAGCAGGGGCCAGUCAGAGCGGGGGAUCUAUUGCUAAUGGUGACACUGCAGAUAUUGAAGCAGUGGCAUGUAGAGAGAGCGGCAGUGAACAAGCAUCAAGGUACACGCCAAAGCAGGUGCAGACAGAUGAUGACAUAAGGUGUGCAAGUUCCGUCAGCACAUUUGUACAGACAACUGAAAGAGACUGCCCGUCAUCUUUGCAUAGUAAUCAUGGCUUGGUCACAGAGCCCCAUGAAGAGGUUGACCUCUAUGGCGAUGACAUACGUCACAUCCGUAUGAGUUGGAUCAAUUCUAACCUCUCAACGGACGUGAGUAAGAAAGAUGAGGCAACUGGAGAUGAUGAUGAUGAUUAUGAUGCCACGGACUUGAGGAGAAAAUACCGUGAUCUGAGGCAGCGAUACAAUGACCGCACUGAGAACCUCCUGCAGAUGCUGAGUGACCUCAAUGCCAAGUACUUGAGUCUACGCCCUGCGUACGACGGUACACAGGACCGCCUGAGGGACUUGGAGCGUCAGCUUGCUGAUGCUCGACAAGAGAUUGAGAGACAGGAGCAGUGGCACAGUGAGAUGUAUCUCAAAAUGUACAGAAAAGGAAAGGAAGCUGCAAAGUUUGAGCACGACGAGGACGGCCUGUACGACGCUGGCGAACGACAGCGGGCAUCGGGCCCAACAAUGUCUCCCCUUCUGCAGCAGCUGAGACGUACCGAGCGGGAGUUGGAGCGCACACGCGAGCUGUACAGCGUUCCGCAGCGGCCCGCCAUCCACGGCAUAGCCGGAGAUCGCCAGGCGGAAUACACUCUCCGAUUCCUGAAGGAUGCUGUCUUCUACUUCCUCACGGACCGCACUGACUUCCGUGGUCAUCUAAACGCUAUUCAGUCCAUUUUAGGCUUCUCGGAAGCUGAGCGGGCAGCUGUGGCUAAAGUUUGGCGGAACCGCGGCAGACUAUGAUAUGUGGUUAGCACAGGGACAUAAUCAGAGCCCCUAGCAAUUUGGCGAACAAAUGAAUGGUUAAUCAAUUAUUGCGUGCGGAAGAGAAAUCUUUGCUUAAACUAGACGUGUGGCUUGCAUAUUUUUGCGGAUGUUUCGUGUAAUCCAGAUUCUUGCGCCCAACAUGAGGGGAUAGUGUUUAAUCAAAAUUGCACUUGUAAGUCUGUUGAAAUAUGAUGGAAGCUCAUCAAAAGAACGUCAUCCCUUGCAAGUCACAUCUUACAAAAGGCUGUGUCCAGGCAAUGGAACAUCUUAUCGGUGAAGAUAAGUGUGUAUUGUGCCUGCAGCAUAUGUACAUUGUAAUAUUGGUGAAAUCAUAUCACCUGACAACGAAGACUAUUGUGGAUCAUCAUGGGAAACACUUCGCCAGUUGUAAGAGCAUUCCUGCUUGUGAUUGCUGAAGGAGUGGGUUGUCCUUUCGUAGAAAAUCUGUAAACUUAGCCAACUAAUUGUUGGUUCCUUCCACAAAAACUUCAAGAAAAUUUACACUAAAAUGUUGCAAGAAAUGACAAAUAUUGUAACAGAUGUUUUAGUGACUUUUAUUGCAACUGAUUGGACAUCGCAUAUUUUUUUUCUUCUUUUAUUGUUUUGUUAUAUUGCUCACCUUCUGUUGCAAUGUCGCUUUCAAGCAACAUUUGUCUGUGUGAAACCUUUUUUGUCCCUAUUAUUGAUAUCAGGGGGCCAAGUACAACAAAAAGCACUGAUGUGGCAUGAUACAAAUAGCAAGUAUUUUUAAUGAAAAAAAGAAACCACAUAUGUAAUUAUAGCCGCAUUACAGCAAAUUGAUGUCGCAUUUCAAACGGUUCCAUCCCAACCGGCAAAUUUCGACUGAGCAUGUUUCAUGGCAGAGUGAGAAUAGUCUGAUACGUCGCGUCCAUGUGGUUCGCUUGGAUGGAAGGUAGCAUGCACGUUAACAUGUUUUCCACCUUAUUCUAAUGGAUAGGUGUUUUAUAACAUAAAAAUCGCCCUGUAUCAGAUAAUGUGAGGCCACAAAGGCUACGUUAAGCGUAUGCCACACGACCUUUAUAACAUGACUGUUCACAACAUUCCCACGGAGUCCAGCAGGUUUCCGUGUGGCUCCCCACAAAUAAAGGUUUUACCGCAGAUCGCUAGGGGCUCUAGACGCGAGAUGGACCUUUGUUUUCAUGUGCACAUUCCUGUAAAAUGCCUAUUUCAGUGUUAUUUCGUUCAUUUUAUUCUUUUAGGCACAGGGGUUUGCUAUCACAAAGAGAAUAUAAAACUGUAGAGAUAUUAUUAAUUGCAUCUUUGUGAACCACUGUUGCAAUGUUUUGUGCUUUAUGCGAGAGAUCCUUUAAGGAAAGGAAAUAGGCAGAAGAAAGGGAGUGUGUUUUUAGUGACUGUGAUACUGUUGUUGCAGCUUAAGAAGCUAUACACAUACUAUAAGCUUUUAUCUAUAUUAUGUACUGGCAUUGUUCACAAUGCGCUGUUGAAUAUAUUAUUGACUUUAGCCGAGUUUGGUGGCACGUGUUUUCUCGUUUUUUCGGGUGGUAUGAAUUUUAUUAUCUUAUUUCAUGUUAAAGGGCUAGCUCUGAGAUGGUGUUAUGUGAGAGAAUGAUUUGUGCAGCAAAUUCAAGGUACACACACACAAUAAAUGAGUGGGUACGCAUGAAAGCUGGAGACAUCUUCGAGUGAUAGAUAAAUGAUAACUCCAGUGGAGAUCAUUCCGUUUAUGGUUUGCUCUGGGACAAUAGAUGCCCUGGGGUUGUGUAUGCAUUCUGUUGGUCAGGUGCUCGGAGAGGUACUGUUUAAAAGGAGUACUAAAGUGCAGAAACUUAUCCUUGUGUAAUGAAAGGUGGCGUUAACUUUACAGUACAAAAGGAAUGGGGAUAAUCUCUUGCGUUGUUCAUGAUUUGUACACAAAGUUGACUGCGCUUUCCAACUUCUUUUUUCUCUUCUUCUCAAGAAACUCGAUAGUUCAGAAAGGACUCCUCAAACAAUUUGCAUAAUCAUCGCGAGAGAUCAUCUGAGCCCAGUAGACCAUCUAGUAUGUCCAAGGAAUGUCCACUGGAUUUUAGAUUCUGGAUAUCAACUGGAGUUUUGUGUGCAUCUAUCUGACAUCCACUGGACAUCUGUGGGCAUUUUAACCCUGUCUUGGUAUCCUAGAGAUGUCCAUGUGAUGUAUUUCAUGGAUACGUGAUGCAUGCUAGAGGUUAAAAAUGCUGUGAACCUGGUUGGCUACUCCAAAACACCUUGCAACACAUUUGGCCUGUAGUAUGAGUCGAUACACUGUUGUUAUUCCAAACAUUUUAUUUUAAAGUCAGGAUUAAAAAUUCAGAAAAUAUUUGAAAAAGAAAAAAAAAGGCAGUAAAAAUACUGUUCCCAAGGAUGAUUAUGCCGUACCUCAUCUGCCACUCCGGGUGGGGAAACCACUUGGGCCUAUCAGUAGCCUCUGUCGGCAUACUGGAUGAAGCAUAUACCGAAAUACAAAUUGUUGAGGCAUGUUCAUUAAGUGUAGUUGGGAGUAAAACAUUUGUUACAGUGAUCAAACGUAUCUUUGCAGUUAACCCAUGCAUCUGCAAUGACAUCGAAGUAUACCCGUUAAGAUUCCUGACAUCCCUUUGUGUCAAAUACUGUGUUUUUAAAUCAGGCCAUCGUCUAUAAUGUGAUUACCUGCUGAGCGGAGCUGUAAAACCAAUCAGUUUCCUCUGUAAAUACAAACAGUAGCACAGAACGAUGGAAAUACCUAAUGCUUUUACUUGCUCUCCCUCUGUCACACUCCGACAAACUAUUUUCGCUUGCUGUUAUUUGAUACCUAAUUAAGUCUGCUAUUGUAGACCCCAUAUAAAACUGUUGACCAUAACAACAUACGUAAUUGACCAUAACCAGCAUUAUGCACACCACAUAUGUGUCAUGAACCAUAUUUUCUCAUAUAUACUGACAUGUUUACGUGAGAUGACUCAUGCUGCUAUUUGCCCCUAAAGCAGCACUGAAAUGCUUGACGACUUUCUGUGUCACUGAAAGUGGUCACCUAUAAGAUAUCCUCUGAAUAUCCUCAUAGAAUAUGCUGUGGACAUGUCUGCCUGGAUAAAGUGUAGAGUUACUUUGUGGAUAUUGCAUAGAUGUACAAGGGGCAUAUGCGACUUCCGAGACAUUCCCAACUUGUUUUGUGGUAUCUCUGGGAGAUUAAUCAUUUACUGAGAGGAGACCAUACAUGUUUAAUUAUGCAAGGAAGAAGUUUUGUAUUUUAGUGCACCUUUAGGUUCAGCAAAUACCAAAUCUAUACAUACUGUGCAGACUACAAGGUGCUUUAUAUGGGGCGUUGUAUCUGAAUCAGUUAUAUGUCAUGCGAGACUCGUGAUGAAAUUGGCUGUCCCAACUUGAACGUCUUUGAAGUUACGAUAUAGGCACCGGUGAUAGAGGUAAGAGACAGACGUGGAUCUGUGUUUCACUUGUGGGAUUUUUUUUCUUUUUUUACAGGACCUAUAGUCUUUUCAUGAUCAGAUUAUGGUAGAAACUCACAUUGGCAUAAAAUACAGGAAGUUAAGGUAUAUUAUACAAUUACACAGUUGUUCCCUGUGCUGUUUGCUUCGUCACUAUCCUGCAUUAAGCCCAUGUUUCAAUUCAGGACCUUUGAAAAUUAUUUUAGGUCACAUUCAGUGUAGCUAUGAGCUGCCUAGUCUGCAUGUUUUCGGUGAGAGUAGCAAAAUGUCUGGCAGUCUUCAGACAUUGCACAGAUGGCUGUCAUAUGCUGCGUAUGAUUUAUUUACACAAAGAACAUACCUCGUAGGUGGCCUUCAAAUGCAGUUGCAUACCUGUCCUCAUAUAAGGUGAAUAACUAGAUAUGAUAUGAUUAUGAUAUAACUAUAUGAUGAUAGUGUCACUUACCAAUAUGACUCUUACUUAAAGCUUACUUAUGGCAGCAGAGACGGAACAUUUACACACGGUACGCAGCUAACGUCUUCAAACUGGGUGUAGGGAAAGCGGUCCCAAGAAAUGCUUUCGUAAUAGCCGCAGGUAUAAUGCCUGCGAUCCGCAGUCUUUCGGAAGAGGUGCUAAAAUUUCGGUUUUCCCAACAGAGGAAUUUCAGGGAUGUUUAUUCAGGGGGACAAUUUUCCGGCAAUGUUUUCUCUGGGGACGAUUUUUGCUGAAUUUUCUACAAGCCAUGCGUGCUUUGAUUUAGAUUUUUGUAUAACACAUGCAUCAUGAACACAUGCAUCAUGAACACAUGCACAUGAUGAUCAACAGAUCUUGAAUGUUCUUAAUUGUAGUGACAUGGUAACCUAAUUGGUUUUCCACCAUGGGAGCAUUUAAACGGACAUUGGUAGCUGGUCAGGUUGGUCAGGUUUCUAGCCACCUGUCACGUAUCAGUUUUUUUAUGUUUGCAGCAAUAUUUUUGACACGCAUUCAUUCAUUCCGCAUUUCAUACUGUGUCAUGCAUGUUACUGAAUGCAGAGCUUUAUGCUAAUAUCUUACAAGCUCAGUUUAAUGUCCAGCAAUUUACACACAUGUUCUGCAUCUUUUUAUUGCACUUUAACAUAUGGUUGUAGCCUGCCUAGUGAUAUUGGGUAUUGAUUUGCAAUUUCUGUUUGUAUUUUCCCCCACAUACUCAUUUAAAAAUUCAAGCCCAUUCCGUAUGUUUGCAUUUGAAUAAAGAGUCCACAGCGGCGUUGUACCUGA